AUGCCAGGAGGCUGGAAUGCCUCCUCUGACAGCCCAGAGCUGCGAGCUGCAGGGAUUAUCGUGCCCAUCAUCUUUUCCCUCAUCUUCCUCCUGGGCACUGUGGGGAACGGGCUGGUGCUGGCCGUGCUGCUGCGGAAUGGCCAAGCCAAGUACAACACCACCAACCUCUUCAUCCUUAACCUGGCCAUGGCUGAUCUCUGCUUCAUCGUCUGCUGUGUCCCAUUCCAGGCCACCAUUUACACCCUGGAUGGGUGGCUCUUUGGGGCCUUUGCCUGCAAGGCUGUGCAUUUCCUGAUCUACCUCACCAUGUAUGCCAGCAGCUUCACCCUGGCUGCUGUCUCCGUUGACAGGUACCUGGCCAUUCGCUAUCCACUAAAGUCCCGGGAUCUCCGCACCUCCCGGAAAGCAGGAGUGGCCAUUGUAGCAAUCUGGUCACUGUCCCUGCUUUUUGCAGGGCCAUACCUCAGUUACUACCAAGUUGUCCAUUACCAUGGGGUGCCCAUCUGUGUCCCCAUCUGGGAGGACCAGCGCCGAAAGAUUCUGGACAUCCUGACAUUUGUCUUCGGAUACCUCCUGCCCGUGACUGUGGUAAGCCUGGCAUAUGCCAGGACCAUCAAGUUCCUGUGGACCUCUGUAGACCCCAUAGAAAGGAUCUCAGAGUCCCGGAAGGCCAAGCGUAAGGUGACCAAGAUGAUCGUGGCUGUGGCCAUCCUGUUCUGCCUCUGCUGGUUGCCCCACCACCUGGUCAUCCUGUGCUUCUGGUUUGGCCACUUCCCCUUCAACCGAGCCACUUACGCCUGCCGCCUGGCUUCCCACUGCCUUUCUUAUGCCAACUCCUGCCUCAACCCCAUCGUCUACGCCCUCAUCUCCAAGCAUUUCCGCAAGCGUUUCAAGCAGGUCUUCACCUGCCUCUUCUUCCAGAACAAGACCAGGAAGAAGAAGAGAGUUGGAAAGAAAGUCCACAUGGUCAGUGUGGGUAAAGGUUUCACCAACAGCACCAGAGGUUUCUAUGGAGGCAACAUUGAGGUGACCCAGGUCCCAGAGGGGAGCAACAAGAAGAGGGACCUCGAAAGUGCCAGUCAUGAUGCCAGAGCAUGGACUCAGCAGGUACCAGAUGCUAUGGUCUUUGUUCAGAAGGAGCUCCUGGAAGAGGAAAGUUUGGCAGCAGCUGGUCAUCCCCUUGCCAUAACCCCUCCAAGAGGAAUUCGGGAGUUUCUGACUGUUCAUUACAGAUGA